AUGUCGUCUCCUCAGCAACUCCGAACCACGACCACGGAUCUCUUGAAGAUCAAGCAUCCCGUCCUGUUGGCCGGGAUGAACGUGGCAGCUGGCCCUAAAUUGGCUGCCGCAGUUACCAACGCCGGAGGUCUUGGUGUCAUCGGUGGUGUUGGCUACACCCCAGACAUGCUCCGGGAACAAGUUGCCGAGCUCAAAAGCUAUCUGAACGACAAGAAUGCUCCCUUCGGUGUCGACCUUCUCCUUCCACAGGUCGGUGGGAGUGCAAGAAAGACAAACUACGACUAUACCAAGGGCAAGCUCAACGAGCUGGUUGACAUCAUCAUCGACUCUGGCGCGAAGCUAUUCGUCUCUGCCGUGGGCGUUCCUCCAAAGGAGGUUGUGGACAAGCUUCACAAGAACGGCAUUCUCUACAUGAAUAUGAUUGGCCACGUCAAGCACGUGAAGAAAUGCCUCGACCUUGGUGUCGACUUAAUAUGUGCUCAGGGUGGUGAGGGUGGAGGCCACACCGGUGAUAUCCCCACCUCGGUGCUCAUCCCUGCUGUCGCCAAACUCUGCGCCGAAGCACCCCCCUCCAAGUUCACUGGCCAACCCGUCCAAUGCAUUGCGGCCGGGGGUAUCUUCAGCGGCGCAUCGCUGGCAUCGGCCUUGAUGCUCGGCGCCUCUGCCGUCUGGGUCGGAACGCGUUUCGUGCUUUCCGAGGAAGCUGGUGCCCCCAAAGCACACCAGGAAGCCGUCCGGACCGCCGGCUUCGAUGAUAACAUUCGAACCAUCAUUUUCACCGGACGACCGCUGCGGGUGAGGACCAACGAGUACAUCAAGAACUGGGAGGAGAACCGGCAGGCCGAGAUCAAGGCGUUGACGGAGAAGGGUAUCAUUCCGGUUGAGCACGACUUCGAGACCAAAGGUGACGACCUCUCCGACGAGGACAUGGAGAAUGCCCGACCCUUCCUGAUGGGCAAGGCUGCCGCCGUGGUCAACGAGAAGAAAUCCGCGCGGGAGAUCGUCGACGAGUUCGUCAACGACGCCGUCAAGUGCCUGCAGACCGGCAACGCCUUGAUCGUCUCCAAGAGCAAGCUAUGA